AAAACAGUGGCCAAAAUUUAUUUCAUGAUUUUUUAUUUUGUUUAUUGCCUUGUAACAUGUCCUUUGCUAGGUUUCUUUGUUGAAAGUCAAUCUGUUAACUGAAUCACAAUGGCUGAAGAUGAUGUUUGCACAAAAGAUGGAACAGUAGAUUAUCUUGGAAACCCAGCUAACAAAAGAAAAACUGGAACAUGGAAAGCAUGCCCCUUUAUUUUAGGAAAUGAAUGUUGUGAGAGAUUGGCUUUCUAUGGGAUGAGCACAAAUUUAGUGCGAUACUUUAAGUAUCAACUGCAUCAACACAGUGCUACUGCUUCCAAAAAUGCUGCAGAUUGGGGUGGAACAUGCUACAUCACUCCAUUGAUAGGAGCAUUUGUGGCUGAUGCCUAUCUUGGAAGAUUUUGGACGAUUUUUUGUUUUUCAAUAGUUUAUGUUAUUGGAAUGACACUCUUGACAUUAUCUGCAUCAGUCCCUGGCAUGAAACCAACCUGCUACACAAAAGAUGAUUGCCAUGCUACUCAUGAACAGAGUGCAAUCUUUUUUGUAGCUCUAUACCUCAUAGCUCUAGGCACUGGUGGAAUCAAGCCAUGUGUUUCAUCAUUUGGAGCAGAUCAGUUUGAUGAUGCUGAUGAAGUUGAGAAAGAACACAAAAGUUCUUUCUUCAAUUGGUUCUACUUCUCAAUCAAUAUCGGUGCUCUUAUUGCCGCGUCUCUAUUGGUAUGGAUACAAGACAAUGUGAGUUGGGGAUUAGGAUUCGGCAUUCCAGCAGUCGCCAUGGCUAUUGCCGUAGUAAGUUUCUUUUCAGGCACAAGGUUGUAUCGGAAUCAAAAGCCUGGAGGUAGCCCCAUCACUCGCAUAUGUCAGGUGAUUGUCGCAUCGAUAAGAAAGUAUAAUGUUGAAGUGCCGGAAGAUGAAUCUCACUUGUAUGAGACUCAAGAGACAUUGUCCGCUAUCCAAGGAAGCCGCAAGCUUGGCCACUCAAAUGGAUUAAGAUUCUUUGACAAAGCAGCGGUACUAGAAAAUUCAGACAAUGCAAGAGACACAAAUAAUCCUUGGAGACUUUGCACAAUAACACAAGUAGAAGAACUAAAAGCAAUUAUAAGAUUACUUCCAAUAUGGGCAACAGGUAUAAUAUUUGCAACAGUUUAUGGUCAAAUGAGUAACUACUUUGUAUUACAAGGAGAAACCAUGAACACCCAUUUAAGAAAAUUUAAAAUUCCACCGGCUUCACUUUCGAUCUUUGAUACACUCAGUGUCAUAUUUUGGGUACCAGUAUAUGACAAAAUCAUUGUUCCAUUAGCUAGAAAAUUUAGUGGCAAGAAAAAUGGCUUAACUCAACUUCAAAGAAUGGGAAUUGGUCUCUUCAUAUCAAUAUUUUCAAUGCUAUAUGCAUUAACAUUGGAGCAUUUUAGACUUAGAAUGGUGAAAAGAGAUAAUUACUAUAAACUUAAAGAGGUUCCUAUGUCAAUUUUUUUGCAAGUUCCACCUUAUUUUAUCAUAGGUUGUGCUGAAGUUUUCACAUUCAUUGGUCAAUUGGAAUUUUUCUAUGAACAAGCACCUGAUGCAAUGAGAAGUUUUUGUUCUGCUCUUUCAUUACUCACUGUUGCAUUGGGACAAUAUUUGAGUUCUUUGCUUGUUACUAUUGUGACAAAAGUUACAACUGCGAAUGGCGGUCCUGGUUGGUUACCUGAUAAUUUAAACUAUGGUCGACUUGAUUUAUUUUUCGGGCUUUUGGCGGGGUUGAGUGUGGUGAAUUUUGUUGUGUUUCUUGUGGUAUCGAAGUUUUAUGAAUAUAAAAAACCGGUUGGUACUCUCAUAAGAAAACAAGAUUUGGAUUCUCUGUAGCUAUUUUAUAGUGUAAUAGUUGUAAAUACUGUUACAUUUAAAGAUAGAAAAUUUAUGCAACACGGAGUGUUUAAAUUAUGCACUUUAUUUAUUAUAGUGUUAUUUUCUUGUGUUUGUAAUAAGAUGGAGUAU